CAGAAGAGUGAAACUCCUCAUCAGGACCAGACGGAGGAAUAAAAUCUGCUUUAUGGACUGUUUUUCAUUCCAGGAGUUUAUUAUAUUAGUUUUAUUAUUAAUGUGUGUGAGAGAGUCCGCUAUCAGGGACCCGGUUCAGUCUCGGUAAACAUGAGUCCGGUGUGGCUGCUCCUGCUGCUGGGGUUGGGGGCCGCGGAGCUCCGGACCCUCCACACAGCGCGCUCCGGCCGGGAGGAGCCCGGGGACGGAGCUCCGGCACCGGGGGCGCAGCAGCCUCUCUCCCCGGGGGACAGCAGGACCCCUCCAGACCAGGUUCACAGCUCCAGACUCCCGGAGCUGGAUCGAGUCCCCCGUGGAGCCAAGGAUGGGGGCUCCAGGAGAAGGGACCCGGGGCCCCCGGGCAGCUCCGGGGCUCCGCGGCGCACCGAGGACCCGUUCUUCACCACCACGCCGCGGCUCUCCUCCACCUCCUCCCGGCGGGGGAACGGCUCCUCCUCCUCCUCCGGUGGUGGUCUGGGGCUCCUGAACCCGCUGGCCCCGGGGUCGGACGGGGGGUCCCUGUGGGCCUACCUGGUGCUGCUGCUGGCCCUGGUCCUGUUCUCGGCGGGGCUGGUGGGGAACCUGGCCCUCAUGUGCAUCGUGUGGCACUCCUUCCACCUGAAGAGCUCCUGGAACUGCGUCCUGGCGGGUCUGGCCUUCUGGGACUUCCUGGUCCUCUUCUUCUGUCUACCUGUGGUGGUCUUCCACGAGCUCACCUUGAAGAGGUUGCUAGGAGACCUGAGCUGUCGGCUCGUGCCCUACCUGGAGGUGACCUCUCUGGGCGUGGCCACGUUCAGCCUCUGUGCUCUGAGUAUUGAUCGUUUCCAUGCGGCGACGGGCCCCGGGGCCCUCCAGACGCCCAGGGUGGAGCCCUGCCAGUCCAUCCUGUCCAAGCUGUCCGUCAUCUGGGUGGGCUCCAUGGUGCUGGCGGCCCCCGAGCUGCUGCUGUGGCAGCUGGUGCAGGAGACGGUGAGCCUGCCGCUGGUCCCCGGGGCCCCGCAGCAGCCGGGCGGCUCCCUGAUGGCGGCCCUCAGGGCCCGGACGGACACCUUUAAGGUGGAUUUCUGUGUCCGUGAGCCGUCGGCGGCGCUCCCGGAGAGCAUCUACUCCCUGGUGCUGACCUACCACCAGGCCCGCAUGUGGUGGGUGCUGGGCUGCUACCUCUGCAUGCCGCUGCUCUUCACUCUCGCCUGCGACGUGGUGACCAGGCAGGUGUUGGCGCAGCGUCUGCCGCCAAAACCCGUCGGAGACAAACUGACCAGCAGGUGCUCCUCCACCUCUUCGUCCUCCACCUCAUCGAAGAAGAAGAAGCAGCAGCAGUCGAGGGAGCAGCGGCUGCGCUCCACCGUCGUGGCGCUCACCGUCCUCUACGUCGUCUGCAACCUGCCGGAGAGCGUCUGCAGCAUCACGCUGGCGUACGUCUCCGACCGAGUGUCCGCCUCGCUGCCGGCGCUGGUUCUCCCGGCGCUGAGCCUGAUUGGACAGUUCCUGCUGUUCGUGCGGUGCGCGGCCACCCCGGUGCUGCUGCUGGUGCUGUGCCGCUCGCUGGGCCAGGCCUUCAUGGACUGCUGCUGCUGCUGCUGCGAGGAGUGCCUCCCCGACGGGAACGCCUCCUCUUCGUCCUCCUCGGCCUCCACCGCCGCCACCUCCAACCCCUCCUCGCCCUCCUCGCCCUCCCCCACCUCCCUGUCUCCGUCCGGCAAAGACGAGACGAUGAAGAGCCUGUUGGGGACGGAACCAGCGGUCCUCUACGACACGGCCAAAGACUCUACGGCCGCCAUCGGGACGCCCUGCUGAGGUCAUCGGACCGCUUUUAAAGGAUCGUUUAUUACAACUGGGCUCUUAUUACAUGGUUCUGUCCAUCAUUUCUAUCAGUUAUAAUUAAACCGAUACAGCAUAGUAUGGAGAAAAUUUGCGUGCCGAUAUAAUAUCGAUUCUAGCGCUGCAACUAACGAUUAUUUUCAUUAUGGAUUAAUCUGUUGAUUAUUUAAACAAUGAAUCGAUUAGUUGUUUGGUGAAUAAAAUGUAUAAAAAUCUCAAUAAGUGUUCCCAAACCACAAGAUGACGUCCUCAAAUCUCUUGUUUUGUCCACAAACCAAAGAGAUAUUCAGUUUAUUGUCAUAAAGGAACAAAGAAACCAGAAAUAUUCACAUUGAAGAAGCUGAAAUCAGAGAAUUUGGAAUUAUUGUCCUUAAAAAACUGCUCAAACCAAUUAUUGGAUUAUCAAAAUAGUUGACGAUUAAUUUAAUAAUCGAUCAUUGUUCCAUUAAUCUAAUAAUCGUUGCAGCCCUAAUCGAUUCAUGGCCACCAAGUAUCGAUGUUUAGCAUUCCAAAGGCCGGUGGACAGUCAGUAUUUUCACCAUUGUUUUUCAUCUUCGUAGGCGGUAGCGGACUCACCUUUAUGAAUAUCCUGGAGAUCCUGAUAUCAUAUGAAACUAGAGGAUCUAAUGAAUCUAUAGACACCGUGUGUGUCAGGAUAUCGUGUCGGGAAGUUGUGGAAAUAACGCUGCAAAGUUUGGCAUCACUGCUGAUCAUACACAAACCGGCAUGGCUAAUUAUGCACAGUGUCUCCGCUGAUCAUAAACAAACGGCCAUGCUAACUGUACACAAAAUGUCCACUGCUGACACACAGAGCACAGAGUCCAACAUGCUUAUUUCUAGAUUUAAUAAUCUUAAUUUAAUAAAUCUUGUCAAGGUUAAUUAUCUGUCCAUGCAGCAAGAUCAUUUCCCUCAGAUUUACUGUUAGAUCUGGUUUUAGACCUUUAGAUUUACUGUUUGAUCUGGUUUUAGACCUUUAGAUUUACUGUUUGAUCUGGUUUUUAGACACCUUUUUUACAGUUUACUCUUUUGGUCCAGCAGUGUCGUCAAACCACUUUAACAGGCAAUAAAACUGCUUUUAUUGAAGGUAAAACUGUAGUUAUGGUCAGAGUUGAGACAGGAAGUGAGUCUGUGAGAGAUGUUCACAUUGUUUUGGAGUUUAUUUUACCAGAUUUACAGAUUUAUUUCCAACCUGUCUAAAUGUCUCUAUCAGACUUCGUUUUAGGGAAAUGAGCAUUUCUCAGAUCUCAGCUGUUCACUUGGUGAGUACAGAGUUAUUGUUUCUGAUAGAAAUGAUGACAAAAACUACCAAAAUAAAACCAGAGUUGUAAUAAAUUGUUAUAAUCCUUCAAUCUGUAUGAACUGUUGGACUAUAGUUGAUUAUUUACUUGUACAAUAUAGAUUAUGUUGGUUUUUUUAAGGAGUUUAGUGUCUGUGAUGAUUUAAUCCUGUUAUUGUAGAACUCAUCCUUGUUUUGCAGUUUUUUUAUACAUAUAGUUUAUAGUUAUUAAUACAUUUCUAAGUAAUGUUUAUUCUAAGUACUGUAUGAUAUAGAAACACUGGAUCAUUUGAGUUUUGGGGGAUUUUAAUUGAAAAUGGACAUUCUGAGACUUUUUGUCAGCAGACUGCUGUAAAGUUUAUGAACUUUUUGAACUUUUUUAAACAUGAUUUUGAUGCGGUGAGAUCAUUUUAGACAUCAAUCAAAAAAAAACAAUUCAGUGUUUCACUUGUUUUAUAACUUUUGGUUUAGUAAAGUGGAUAUUUUCUUCUCUAUGUCCUGUGAGUGAUUGUAUUAAAUGUCUGCUCUAUGAUUUAUUGAUGAUGCUCUAUCUGUGUUUACAGCCUUUUAGUCCACUAAUAACUGGACCUCAACUUCAAGUGCUCUUUUGUAUUCUUAUUUUAAAUAUGAUUUUUAUGAAUUUUGUCAGAAAUAGUGAGUUUUUUUAGCAGCUGAACUAUCUUAAAAGAGAAGAAUUGAUCCAAAAUAAGUGGAAACCCCUCAUGCACCACUGAGCUGCUGCAGGGGAAAGAACAAAUCAGACUUCCAGCAGCGAGCUAAAUAAAUAGUUUACUGCUCUUUGUUUUUACUGUCAUUUGUAAUAAAAUCGUGUCUGUUUGUA